UAUGAAGCAGCGACACACACAACUCCGAGGUCUCUGAAUUCCCCCUGACUACUUCAACAUCCUGGGAGGAUUUACUUUGUUUUCUGUGAAAACGACCGCGGCUAGUUUGACCUCAGACUCAGUUUGACCGCCAGCUGUCUGUUUGUUUGUGUGUAUUUCUCCGCUCAACCUGCGCAUGCUAGUUUGUAGCUAAGUGGCUAGCUAAGUUGGAUCACAACCUUGCCCAUGUCCGUCACGUAAACCACGCUGAGUAUUGAGGUGAAAAGCUGCACAAGAAGUUGAUCGUACUGUACCCUGAAUCCUACAUUAACUGAAUCUAGAAGUUAAUGUGGAAGCACUGACUGACAGUCUGUGUUCAGUUUUUGUCACGCUAACUGGUCCUGUCCUUAGUGGUUUGACAGGACAGGACCACCUACUGGUCGUGGCAUUAAGCUGGCAGCGACAUGGACUCAAUGAAGAUGGGUCGAUAAGUCCAUGAAGGGCUAAAACUGUCGUCUUUGGCGACAUUGAACACACCCCUGUGGGGGCGACCACCCGGAGGUGAUUUCCCAGGAGUGGCUGUCAUCAUCCUCGUGCCGGCAGGAUGUUGGAAGGUCUCGUUGCCUGGGUGCUGAACACAUACCUCGGAAAGUAUGUCAGCAACCUGAACACAGAUCAGCUCUCCAUCGCCCUCCUGAAAGGUGCGGUCGAGCUGGAGAAUCUCCCUUUAAGAAAAGAUGCCCUCCAGGAGUUUGACCUGCCCUUUGAAGUCAAAGCAGGCUUCAUCGGAAAGAUUACUCUGCAGAUCCCUUUCUACCGGCCUCACAGCGACCCGUGGGUCAUCUCCAUGUCCCAGCUCAACCUGGUCAUCGGCCCCGCCCAGCUGCAGGAGUACGACGCAGAGAAGGAGAAGGAGGAGGAGAGCGAGCGCAAAAAACGCCUCCUCAGGGCUCUCGAAGACAAAUUCAAAAGUGAGUGUGAUCAGAGAGGAGAGUCUUACUGGUACUCCGCCACCGCCUCAGUGGUCACCAGGAUCGUGGAAAACAUCGAGCUGAAAAUCCAAGAUGUGCAUCUUCGAUUUGAGGACGACUUCUCCAACCCAGAGAAACCCUUUUCCUUUGGGGUUUGCAUCAACAACGUUUCAGCUCAGAAUCCUUCCAAAGAGUCGGUGCAGAGGCUCCUCCGACAAAAGCAGCUGGAGAUCGAGGACUUCAGCGUCUACUGGGACACAGAAUGUGAGGUGCUGGGAAAGCUGCCCGCGAAUCAGAUCCAGGAAGCGAUGACCCAGUGCAUGCAGAGCCGUGAGCAUCAGUAUAUCUUUGAACCGGUGUGUGCGUCCGUGCUGCUAAGAAGAAACACCUCCAAGGAGCCUCUGAGAUCCAGAAACACGCCGCGGAUCGAGGGCCAAGUUCAGCUGGAGCCCAUGUCCUUACGCCUGUCGCAGAUCCAGUACCAGCAGAUCAUGGCGUUCCUGAAAGAGCUGGACCGGCGGGAGCGAGAGAUGCUUUACAGGAAGUGGAGGCCCAAAGUCCCUAUCACUGGAAACUGCCGGCAGUGGUGGAUGUUUGCCAUCCAGGCCAAUCUGAAUGAAAUCAGGGAGCAGAGACGGCGAGGCAGCUGGGACUUUGCCCUGCAGCGAGCACGAGACGCUCAGACGUACACCAGCCUCUACUUCAGGAGGCUCAAAGGAGUCCCACUGAGUCCUCAGGAGGAGACCGAGCUGGAGCGUGUUGAGGAGGAGCAGACGUUGGAGGAGCUGCAGAGUCUCCGAGAGAUCGUCCACGACUGGUUUCGAAAGGAGGAAGAGAUCGCAGAGAACGUGCGAGAGCCCAGCAGCGACGUCCAGCCCUGUCCACCUCCUGCAUCCAUCCCCAAGAGUGGCAGCUCGGGGAUGAUCACGUACCUGCAGUCCUGGUUCCCGGGCUGGGGAGGCUGGUAUGGAGAGUCUCAGUACCCAGACAGGCCUGAAGAUCUCCUGCCAAGUCCGUCCUCCUGGGAUAUACUCGCAGAGACAGAGGACUUGUUUGAUCCUCUGGAGGACUCUCACACUCUGAACACGUUCACCAGACGGGAUCACUUGUUUGCCCGGCUGGAGUUCUUACUGGAGAAAGGCGGAGUUACUCUCUUUCACCAGGACAGGAGGGAGGGCACACUGCACGAGAGCGGCGUCAUCCAGCUCGAAUUCUCAGGGGUGAAGGUGACAUUGGAGUCUCUCCCACGCUCCGAGUCGUCCCUGCUGUCUGUUAAGCUGGGCGGUUUGUUCCUGAGAGACUUGACUACCCAGGGCACCAUCUUCCCCGUCCUGGUGUCUCCCAAAACGGACAAACUUGUUUUAACCACAAACCAGCAGUCGUGCCAGUCCAGCAAUACCUCUGAGUGCUCUUCGCUGCCCGUGUUUGAGAUGAUUUAUGAGCGUAAUCCUGUGAGGUGCAAGUUCGAGAGAAGACUGGAAGUGAACACUAGUCCGCUGAACAUCAUCUAUAACCCACAAGCAAUCAAAAAAGUGACGGAGUUCUUCUAUAAAGGAAGAGUGCAUACCUCAGGUUUUGGCUAUCAGUCGGAGCUGGAGCUGAGAGUGGCAGAAGCUGCCAGGAGGCAAUACAACAAACUGAAGAUGCAGACCAAGGCAGAGAUCCGACAAACCAUCGAUCAGCUACUCGUGGGAGAGUUUAUUGAAAACAGUAAGCGUUGGACCAUGAAAUUGGACAUAUGUGCGCCCCAGGUGAUUUUCCCUGAUGACUUCCAGUCAGAAGACCCGAUGCUUGUUGUUGUAGAUUUGGGCAGAAUUCUCCUGACAAACUCCCAAGAUGACACUAAAAUCAGCUCAAAAGCUUCCCAACCUGAAAGAGAAGACAUGAGCGACGAUGAGUUCCAGACACCUCUUGGCACCCCGCCAGAGUCCCCACCCCCUGAACUAGACAUGCCUCAGAAAGAACAGCUCAAAAGCACUGAACUCCCCAACCUCAGAUCCCCUGAGAGUAUCCAAGCGUACAGCCGAAAGCUUUAUGAGAAGUACUCCUUGUCCUUUAAAGACUUGCAGAUAAUGGUUGGGCGCUGUAAGGACAACUGGAAACAUUUGCAAGAAAGUGAGGUAGGUCCUACUCAUGUGGUGGAGAAGUUUAAUGUGCUGCUGCAGCUUGAGCAGAGACUGCGCUACACAUCAGACCCCCAGCUACCCGGAGCCGUGCUCUCGGGAACCCUGCCGGAUCUCAAGGUCCACAUCAACCUUGAGAAGAUGACCGCCCUCAGGAGCUGUUUGGCGAGGCUGAGCAGUCCGUCUGCAAGUGAAGAGGACAAAGGUCAAGAAAGUGGGCAAAGUGCGAGGUCUCCUGACCCUCUCACCCUGCGCCACGACAAGAUCUUUCAGAGAGACGACAGCUCCUGGAAGCUGCAGGGUUCAGCAAAGAACCUGACCCAGAGCGUGAUGACUUUAGAGCAGCACACGCGGGAAGUCCUGGUGGAGUCCCGUCUGCUGUUGGCUGAAUUCAACAUUAACUACAUGCAGCUUGGCGUGGAGAGUGAUGGCCGCUACAUAUCUGUUCUUAAGGUAUUUGGCACAAAUGCUAAUUUUGUCAAACGGCCUUAUGACGCCGAAGUCUCUCUGACUGUCCAUGGUCUUCUGCUGGUCGACACCUUGCAGACUUAUGGCUCAGACUUCGACCUUCUUGUCGCUUCUCAUAAGCACCUCAGUUUUGACAUACCCACAGGCAGCCUCCGGGAGAGCCAGCCUUCAUCCCCCGCGUCGUCCGAUGGAAGGUCUCCCCAGCAUCAGGGCCACUUUCCUGAAUUGUCCUGUGGCGUUGAUAGGCUAUCCCCCUUCAGUUCCUUUCUCAAAGACCAGGAGGCCCUGAUAAAGCUUGAGUACCAGUUUGUGAGCUCAGACUGCCCCUCCAUGAACCUUGACAGUUCCCUCCAGGUGACAACAAUGCAAGUCAACAACUUGGACAUCAUUCUUAAUCCUGAGACCAUGGUGGAGCUCCUGAAGUUCCUCCAGAAGUCUUUUCCCAAAGAAGAAAGCCCCAUGACAUCAUCGCAACAACAAUCAACACAAACUCACCAGGUGGAAGGGGACGAGACGUAUCAGGCCACAUAUGACCAAAACAAAGAGCUGACUGUGGAGAUCCACCGCCUCAACCUGCUUCUCCUUCGGACCGUGUCAACUGGCACCAUUCUGGGCGCUGAGAAGAAAGGGUUGAAGAUUGCCACUGCUAGCAUUACCGGGACCAAAGUCAACGUGUCCAUGGGCAGUCGGCUGGAUAUCAACGGUUCACUCGGGUCCAUGCAGUUGGUGGACUUGACUCAGGAAGGAGGCCGGAGCCAGUUUGUUGUGAGCAUCGGCAGCGUUGAGGACAGCACCUCGACUCUUGGUGGAUUAACUUUCCUCACUGACACAGCCGGUUCCCCCUCAGAGGCUUUGAACUUCCGCCUUCUGGAGAAAUCCCAUGGGGAGUGUUCCUUGAAACUUGAAAUGGCGUCCUUGCACUAUAACCACUCGGCCAAAUUUCUGAAGGAGCUCAGUCUGUCAGCCAACGAGGUAGAGGACAAUUUCCGCUCCAUGUUGAAAAGUGCCGCCACCAAAGUGUCAACAGUUCUAGCAUCCAAGACGGCAGAGUACAGCGGUAUGGUGUCGCUCUUUGAGACUCCCUCGCGGAGAUCCCGAACUCAAAGUCAGAGCUGGAAUUAUCCGUUUGAGGACGAGGAGGAUCUUUCCAUGGAGGAACCUGAGCCCACCCUGGAUACAUUCUUUGUGAAGUUGACCCUCAACGUCAGCAUUGAAUCCCCUGUUGUGUCCAUUCCCCGUAAACCUGGACACCCGGAGCUGUUGGUCGGUCAUCUGGGAAGCAUAGCCAUCCAGAACUUUGUUACAGGGCAAGAAUCGGAAGGGGAGAAGCUGCAAGUGUUGGUGAAAGACAUUCGACUGUAUUCACUCAACAUGAGUCAUUUGGUUUUGAAGAGGACACCAAGAGGGGACAUCGUCACCAACACAUCACCCUCCCGAACUGGGAGCAUCAGUCAGGAUGAACCUCAGUUCACACGUCAUGACUUCUUUGAAUCCCUCAGCCGAGGCAAAGCCUUCCACAUAUUGAAAGACACGACUAUACAGUUCACCAUUGAGAAAGUUCCUGUUGAAGAAGACACCCAGUUCACCUUCCUCACCACAGAGGAGCCCUUCAAGAGCACAGGGGUACUGAGAGUUGAGGGCAAAUUUGUCAACCCUGUUCAGGUGUUCCUCUGCAAGCCUGUGUACGAACAAGUCCUCCAGACGCUGGACAACUUGUCUCUGAUCGAGGAGAUUCGCGUCACACCAAGCCAACCGCCCACACCUCCACCUCCAACUCCGUCUUCCACCCGACAUCAUCGCUUUCCGGACCCCCAGGGCGGUCUGUUUGCGAGAGACCCUCCUCAUGUUAGCUUCUCCCACAUGUCUCUCCCCUCUCCUUUGCAGCUUCAGUCCCACAAACCCGCUCUCGAUUCCGCUUCGUUCACUCAGCUGAAAGUCACCUUACACGUGGCAGAGCUGCAGGUCCAGCUCAGUGCUGACCUGACUCAGGGCUCUCAGGGUUUAGUCAGUCUGCGCUUCCAAGACCUGGAGGGAGACUUCACCAAAGACCACCCUCACCUGCUGACGGUUCAGCUGGCUCUGCGCUCGCUGCUAAUGGAGGACCUCUUGGAGCAGAACCCGAAGUCUAAGUACAAACAUUUGAUGGUGUCUCGUGGAGCUCUCAAGCCCUCCACCUUCAGUCCAAAGGAAUACCUUUCCCAAAGUUGUCCAUCAGCGUCUAAUGCCUUGUGCCCGGACAUGCCCCGCUCACUGCCCGCCCACAUGGAGGAGGCCCAGAAUGUCUUCCAGCUCUACCAGAGGCAUCCCAGCACUCCUUCAGCUAGCAGCCGCAAAUCCAAAAGAGACCCCGACUGUCCCAGUACUCCACCUCCUUCUCCUACCCACCACACACCCUCCCCUCAUCCGCCCCCAGACUUUGACGACUCAUUAGUUCACAUUAACGUGCAGCUCGUGGACCAGAACCAUCCAGAGUUCAAAACGCGCUACGGCAGCAUAGGACGAAGCAUAGACGUCGACUUUAACUGCCUGGACGUUCUGAUUACACUACAAACCUGGGUGGUUAUUUUGGACUUUUUUGGUAUCGGCUCAACGGCCAAUAAUCACGCAGUGAGGGUGAACCCAAUGUCCCCCCAACCUGUGCCAGGACAUCCCCUGUAUGAGCCGGACAUGGACGAGGAGGAGACUACAGAGGCCGUCAACACUAAAGUGGACCUGAAGGUUCACGCUUUGUCUCUCGUACUUAACAAAAAACUCAACGAGCUGGCCAGAGCGAGUGUUUCCAAAUUAUCUGCUCAUCUGGAAAUGUUAGAUGGAGACUUGGCCUUACAGGGAAGUUUAGGAAGUUUGUCCCUGAGCGAUCUUACUCCACAUGGGGAUCUCUACAGAGAGCGCUUCACCACAAGAGGAGGGGAGGCUCUGAUUUUCAACAUCCAAAAGUACGGCGAGCCAGAUCCUUACCUGGAGCGGGAAUGUGACAUCAGGGUCUCUUUGAAGAUGGCCUCAGUGCAGUACGUCCACACGCAGCGCUUUCAGGCCGAGGUGGUGGCCUUCAUCCAACACUUCACCCAGCUGCAGGAUGUCCUCGGCAGGCAGAGGGCGGCAAUGGAGGGCCAGACUGUGAGGGAUCAUCCUCAGCGGGCGUCCAGGGUUCUGCUGGAUAUUGAGGCCGGUGCUCCCGUGAUUCUUAUCCCAGAGAGCUCACAGUCACCGAGGGUCAUUGUGGCAAACCUCGGCCAGCUGAAGGUGCAGAACUGCUUCCUGGCAGCCGGUGCUCAUGGGACUUUCUCCCUCCGAGACAAGGUAGAGAAACUCACCAUGGCACAUGCCUUUUUCCCCUCUCUGGACCGUGUUCGGAGUGCAGCAGGGAGGAGUACUGAGCCGGAGAAGCCGAAAACUUCCCCCUCCACGCCCGCCUCCUCCACAGGGUUCACCCUUGGCCGGCCACAGUUCCCAGACGCGGGGAAGGUCCCUGAAGAGGACGGCCUUCAAAGCUUAGAAGACCACGUGUGCCUGUUGGACUGCAUAGCGUUGGACCUGCAGGAGAUGGACAUCUUCGCUGCAGAGCGUCUACCCUCUCAGCUCUGGGACAGUGUUGUUAAACCUCCAGAAUCAUCAGACCUCAUAUUUCCCUCGUACUCUGUCCGUCGCACCGGAGGCAACCUGCUCAAAAACUGCUGCCGCCUCAAGCUCAAAGUGGAACGCAACCUGGACAAGGAGCUGAGCCAUGCAGUACCUGACACGUCCAUCCACGGCAGCCUGUCGUCAGUCCACUGCUCGCUGGACCUGGAGCACUAUCAGCUGAUCAGAGGUCUGCUGGAGCACAACCUGGGAGAGCCCGUUGAAGACUUCCUGAGACCCUACAACCUGCAGGACCCCAGCACCUAUACGGUGUUGAGUGGUGACGUCUACACAAACUUAUCCUUCCUGGUGGACAUGAUGGAUGUCAGUCUGGAGCUCUUGGACAAACCCAAACUCUGUGAACAGAAACGAUCAUUAGCAAGAUUUGACUUCAUGAAAUCCAAGCUGCUCUAUGAGAGUUUCUCAAAUGGAUCCAAUUCAGUCAACCUGGUGUCUCACUCCCUGCUGGCUUACGACACUCGGUUCACUGGAGUGAAUAAAAGAACUAGGGGAGCUGAUGGUGCAAGGCCCAAUACCUUCGACUGCAUCCUGCAGCCGUCUAAAACAGGAACGAACCGGGCGUCACUGCAGCUGGAACUGCAUUAUCGAUCCACACGAGACUCCUCCUGCUUCACCGUGGUCCUCAACAACCUGAGGGUCUUCCUCAUCUUCGACUGGCUCCAGCUGGUGCGAGACUUCCUGCGGGGUCCAGCGGAGAAGGCGUCAGAAGGAGGUGGGACGCGCCAGCGCUGGCCCAGUAACACCAGCACGGACUCGGCCUCCGGCACGACCGGCGCCACAACCAGCGGAGCCGUUAUGCCAAAGACAGUGAAGAGUGGGGUGGUCACCAAGAGGUCCACAGUGCCAGUCACCCAGGAUCGAUACCUGGAGGUCAAAAUCAACGUCACAGGAACGGAGUUUGUGGUCGUGGAGGACUCGUCCUGUCUGGAUACAAACGCCAUCAUCCUAAAAGGCACCACCGUCCUCACAUACAAACCCCGUCUGCUGGACAGACCCUUCUCCGGCAGCCUCGCAGGAAUAGAGGUGUUCUCAUGUCGGCUGGGCAGUGAGCAGGAGACGGCGCUGUCCAUCAUCGAUCCGGUCAAUGUCCAGGUGGAGCUGUGUGGGAGUCCCACGUACCAAAGCAGCUCGGGUUUACUAGACGCCUUCAACGUGGAGGACAUCCCACCGCUGCUGGAGAUUCAGUUUCCUGCUCUGGACAUCCGUCUGUCCUAUAACGACAUUCAGCUCUUCUUGGCCAUCGCAAAGUCCAUCCCGACUGCCAGCACUCCUCAGCCCCCCGCCGAGCCACAGGGGGCAGAGUCCUCUGCUCCACCCAAAGACAGCUUCAGGCAGAAGACGGAGGCCCUCAUAGAGGGCCAGCUGACCCGAUUACAAGACCUUGGUUUCAGGAAAGAGGACUGCAAGAGAGCCCUGAUCCACUGUAAAGGUCAGCUGGACCAGGCCGCCACGUGGCUCCUGGAGAACGCAGAGAACAUGGCCAGAUCCAGGGCGGACUCCAGCUCCAGCAGCCACUCUGCUCCUCUGUCCGGGGUCGAGGUGAAGGCCGAGAGCGUCUGCAUCUGUUUAAUCGACGACUGUCUGGAUUGUGACAUACCGCUGGCUGAGCUCACCUUCUCCAGACUUUAUGUGCUGCAGCGGAUCGGUUCCACCCAGGAAGGAAACACCAGCUUCACUCUGUCUGGAGACUACUACAACAGAGAGCUGUCAGGCUGGGAGCCCUUCAUCGAGCCCUGGUCCUGCUCCCUGUCUUGGCAGCAGCAGGCCGCCGGGCGUCUCCACCCUCCACGUCUGAAGAUGGGGAUUCGAGCCAAGCAGAGACUGGACAUCAACAUCACUUCUGUUUUAUUGGAACAAUACAACACCACCAAGAGUUCCUGGAUAGCUGACUACUGUAAGGAGGAGGAGCAGUCCCCACAGUCUUCCCCCGCCCUGCCCUGGCUGGGCUCCUCAGUCGACCCCCCCAGCGUUGGUCAGAAUGUAAAACUGUCCAAGAGGAGGCAGCCGUUUGUGCCGUACGCGCUCCGCAACCACACAGGAUGUACCAUGUGGUUUGCCACUUUGACCACGACACCCACAAGGGUGGCGCUGUCUCACAGCAGCAGUGCCGACUCCAUCUCAGAGGUUCACGGUACAGGAACUGAUGACACACACAAUGUGAGUCAGUGGAGGGAGGUGCUGCCCGGGGAGGAGAUCCCCUUUGAGUUUGAAGCACGUGAGAAGCUCAGACACAGACACACCCAUGAGCUGAAGCUGCACCAGCUGCUGGUCCGGGUCUGUGGAUGGGAGCAAGUCAAACCCGUGUCUGUGGACAAAGUGGGCGUUUUCUUCCGCUAUGCAAACGCAGACAGAAACAGCUCCUCCAACACUGUCGGCAGUCCUAUAAGCAGAACCAACAUCAUCCACCCACAUGUUUACUUUUCGGCCCUCCCUCCGGUCAGAGUCGUCUUCUCCAUCACGAUGGAGGGCAGCGCCAGGAAAGUCAUCACGGUCCGCUCCGCCCUCAUGGUGAAGAACCGGCUGGAUGUUCCUAUGGAGGUCCGACUGGACAGCCCCUCUGCUCCUGACAAACCGGUGGUGCUGCCCCCCAUCCUGCCGAGCCAGGCCUUGGCGGUCCCCCUCCACCUCACGUCCUGGCGGCUGCAGGCUCGGCCCAAAGGCCUCGGUCUGUUCUUCUGUAAGGUUCCCAUCCACUGGACCAGCGUGGAGCGACCCGGGGAGACCAGCAGCAGUAAGAGGGAGUGUCAGUCUGCAGACUUUGAUGACAACCACAAGCGUAACUUCAGGUUUUGUGUGGUCAUCAAAAAGGAGAACUACCCAGACCAGCAGCCCGCUAAGAGGGUUUCUGGCAGUGCAAAGCAGAUCUACAGACAGCCGGGCCACACCAUCUACCUGCUGCCCACCAUGGUGGUCGCCAACCUGCUGCCCUGCGACCUCAACUUCUACAUCAAAGGGACGUCCAUCAAAGGCUCGCUGAAGCCGGGGAAGGAGGCGGUGCUUCAUGCUGCAGACACCUCGCAGAACAUGGAGCUAGGAGUCCUGCUGGAGAGUUUCCCGGUGUGCAAAGAGCUGCUGAUCCCCCCCGGGACGCAGAACUACGUGGUCCGCAUGAGGCUGUACGACACCAACAAACAUCUGCUCUGUCUCACCAUCCGCAUCAUCCUGAGGGCUCAGGGAGCGCUGAAGAUCCUCAUUUCUGCCCCCUACUGGCUGAUCAACAAAACUGGUCUGCCGUUAAUCUUCCGUCAGGACAACGGUAAAGCCGACGCAGCCGGACAGUUUGAGGAGCACGAGUUGGCCCGCAGUCUCAGUCCAUUACUGUUCUGCUACACGGACAAGGAGCAGCCUGCUAUGUGUACGAUGCGGAUCGGGAAAGGGAUCCACCCGGACGGAGUCCCCGGCUGGUGUCAGGGCUUCUCGCUGGACGGAGGGAGUGGAGUCCGAGCGGUGAAGGUCAUCAUGCAUGGGAACAGGCCUGGACUCAUCUACAACAUAGGCAUCAGCGUGCGGAAAGGAAAAGGACGCUACAGAGACACUCACAUUGUGACGUUCGCCCCGCGCUACCUGCUCGACAACCGCUCCACACAUAAACUGGCCUUCGCUCAGAGGGAGUUCGCGAGAGGAAAGGGUACCGCUAACCCCGAAGGUUACAUCUCCACCCUGCCGGGCUCCAGCGUCGUCUUCCACUGGCCUCGCAAUGACUACGACCAGCUGCUGUGUGUGCGCCUCAUGGAUACAAAAAACUGCACCUGGUCGGGAGGCUUCGAGGUCAACAAACCAAAGUCCUUUCACGUCAACAUGAGGGACACGUUGGGGAACUGCUUCUUCCUGCGGACUGAGAUCACCCUGAAGGGAGCCACGUACCAGAUCUCCUUCACCGACACCGACCAGCUGCCUCCACCCUUUCGCAUCGACAACAUCUCUGAGGUUCCUAUCCAGGUGUGGCAGCACGGCGUGGCUGACAUACGGCUGCACACCGAGGUGAAGGCGGGCGCGGUGCUGGACUACGCCUGUGACGAGCCCACGCUGCCCCCCUACCUCACCCUGACUGUGAAGGGAGCCGGAUCCUCGGAGGUCACAGCCGACAUGAACUUCUUCAGAGAGUACAACAAGCUCUACUACGAGAACUUCAUCUACAUCGCUGCCACGCACACGUUCUCACAGAGUGUGGAGAGGAGACCUGUUGGGAAGAAGCGACCGGUGAGCUCUGCUGAGCUGGUUCUAGAUGUCGACACCAAGACUCAAAGGGUCAUCCUGAAGAAGAAGGAGCCAGGAAAGCGCUCCCAGCUGUGGAGGAUGACCGGCUCUGGCAUGUUGUGUCACGAAGGCUCGUCCCCGCCGCAGAGCAAACCCGCUCAGCCACGCCCACUCGAAUCCUCUCUCGUGCUGGACAUCGCUGGGCUCGCAGCUGUCAGUGACAACAGUUUUGAGCCUUUGAUGCUGAGGAGGCCGGACUCACGACGCAGCACCACCCAGACGUGGUAUUUCUGCUCAGACAUGCUGACCUGUGGUCUUCCCCGGCUGGUGGUACAGGCGAAGGGUGGUGCUGCUGGCCUGUAUGACGGAGCGCAGGUGGUGCUGGGACCAGACUCGGGGCUGAUGGAGCCUGGACCCGAGCAGCAGUUCAUCAACCAGAAGAUGAGACCUGGUUCUGGGGUCCUGUCGGUUCAGGUGCUGCCAGACGGACCCACACGAGUCCUUCAGAUCAGUGACUUUAACCAGAGGAGAAUGCUGCGCAGCUCCCCGAGCACCGAGCAGGAGAAGAGCAAAGAGGAGGUGAAGAAGACGGAGCCGGAGCAGGAGCUGGAGGUUUUGGUGAACUUGGAGGAAGGUCUGGGCGUCUCUCUAGUCAACAAAGCUCCUGAAGAGCUCGUGUUCACCACGCUGUCCGGUAUAGACGUCCACUUCAUCCGCACGGCGUCCAACGAGGUGUUGGAGCUCAGCAUUCAGAACAUCCAGGUGGACAACCAGCUGCUCGGGACCACCCAGCCUGUGAUGCUGUGUGUGACUCCCAGCUCCAGCGACAUCGGUGUGAACGACAGCGGCCCCGCCCUGCAGGUCAACUCGGUCAAGGUUCCCAGCAGCCUCAUGCUCACGGAUCUCUUCAAGCACCUAAUGGUCACAGCCCGACGCUUCACGGUCAUCAUCGAGGAGAAACUGCUGCUCAAGCUGCUCAGUUUCUUUGGAUACGGACAGAUAGAAGCGGAGCUGGAGAAGCUGGACGAAAACCUCCAUGAGAGGCCUAAUGAGGACGCGGGACCCCCCAAACGUUACUACUUUGAGAACCUGAAGAUCAGCCUCCCUCAGGUCAAACUGAGCGUCUUCACCUCCCACAAGCUGCCAGCCGAUCUCAAGGCUCUGAAAGGCACGCUGGGCUUUCCUCUGGUUCGGUUUGAAGACGCUGUCAUCAACAUGUACCCGUUCACCCGAGUGCACCCCUACGAGACGCAGGAGAUCAUCAUCAACGACAUCCUCAAGCACUUCAGAGAGGAGCUCAUCAGUCAGGCGGCUCAGAUCUUGGGCUCUGUGGACUUCCUGGGGAACCCCAUGGGCCUCCUGAACGACGUCAGCGAGGGCGUGUCCGAGCUCAUCAAGUACGGCAACGUUGGCGGCCUCAUUCGCAACGUGACCCAUGGAGUGUCAAACUCUGCUGCCAAGUUUGCAGGGACUUUAUCAGACGGGCUGGGGAAGACCAUGGACAACCGACACCAGAGUGAGCGAGAGUACAUCAGAUACCACGGCGCCACCAGCGGAGAGCACCUGGUCGCAGGCAUUCAUGGACUGGCACACGGUAUCAUCGGAGGCAUGACGAGCAUCAUCACGUCCACAGUGGAGGGGGUGAAGACGGAGGGCGGGGUCAGCGGCUUCUUCUCCGGCCUGGGUAAAGGUCUGGUGGGUACUGUGACCAAACCUGUGGCUGGAGCUCUGGACUUUGCCUCCGAGACGGCGCAGACGGUCCGUGACAUGGCCAGCCUCAGUAACCACAGGCUCAGCGUGCAGCGCGUCAGGAAGCCUCGCUGCUGUAAGGGUCCUCAGGGUCUGCUGCCUCGAUACCUGUCCACCCAGGCCGACGGUCAGGAGCAGCUCUUCCACCUCACCGACAACAUCCACUCUGAGUUCUUCAUCGCCGUGGAGCCCAUCGACAGCUACUGCGUCCUCAUCUCCUCCAAAGUGGUCUACUUCCUGAAGCCCGGGGAGUUCGUCGACCGAGAGGCCAUCUUCCUGGAGGUCAAAUACGACGACCUCUACCACUGCCUGGUCUCAAAGGAUCAUGGGAAGGUUUACGUGCAGCUCACCAAGAAGGCGGAGAACACCAGCAGCGGGGUGGCCAUUCCCGGCCCCUCCCAUCAGAAACCCAUGGUCCACGUGAAGAGCGAGAGUCUGGCCAUCAAAAUCUCCCAAGAAAUCAACUACGCCAAGAGCCUGUACUACGAGCAGCAGCUGAUGCUCCCCGCCAGCGAGAACGAGGACUACCUGCUGCUCGAGUCGUGAUGAUCACAUGACCUUUUUUUUUUCUACCCGAGGAAACUUUUCUUAAAUCCCCCGAGCAGGAGGGAGGACGAGGUGACUUUUAUUCUUUUUUUUUGUAGACCUCUGAAUUUUAAAGUAUUUGACUAAAUGCAGGAGAGGGGAAGACUCUGGUGCACUCGAUUUAGUCCUCCAUGUCUGACAAGCACACACACACACAUGUUAAAAUAACUAAACCAUAUGCAAGGCAGUGUGUGUGUGUGUGUGUGUGUGUGUAAAUGUAGAACACACACUGGCUCUCUGUUUAUACGACCUCCUAUCACACAGGUGUUUUGUUCUUUAUGUGAAUAGACAGAAAUGUAAAUAGAGCUACAAACCAAUCCUGCUGCCCUGCUGUGUACAUAAUGUAUGAAUGAAUAAUGAAGUAUAAUUACAGAAGCUGAUAUAAUGUGAAAUGUAACAAACUGCCUUUAAAACUCUAUUUUGUGUAUAAGAGACUUUAGUUCGAUCAGGAAGGGAGGGGGGGGGGGGUGAAUUGCACUGACACACACACACACACACACUGGAGCUGCCUGUCACUGUCUCUCUGCCUUUUACAAUCACAGACCUCCAGACUUUUAUUUAACGACCCUGUUUUUCUUAACGAGCCCCCAGUGUCCAUUCUCACCUCUCGUCUGAAGGAGCUUGUCGGGACUUCCAGGCUUCACUACACAUCACACACAAACUCGUUAAACAUCUGCGUGUUGGUUGUCAACAAAGUUUUUUGGGGGGUUUGGGUUUCGGUGUCGGAUGAGAUUUUCUUGAGUGUGUGAAAGUUGUGAUAGAGAGGAAGAGGAGGGGGAGAGUCCAGACAGGAUGCGGACUCAAUCUGUGGUCCUGUAAAAUACAGCUCACAUGGACUGUGCUUCCAAUAAAGCAACACAACUGCA